CCUUACGCCUCAGGGGCGGAGCCCCUGGCAGCCGCGGUGCGUAGUUCCGGCUGCCGGUUGACAUGAAGAAGCAGCGGCGGCUAGGGCGGCGGUAGCGGCAGGAGUUGGGGCUUGCAGCGGGCCUCGGGGCUAAGAGCGCGACGCGGCCUAGAGCGGCAGACAGUGCAGUGGGCUGAGAAGGAGGCACAGCAGCCGCCCUGGCCCAUCAUGGAGAUGGAAAAGGAGUUCGAGCAGAUCGACAAGUCCGGGAGCUGGGCGGCCAUUUACCAGGAUAUCCGACACGAAGCCAGUGACUUCCCAUGUAGAGUGGCCAAGCUUCCUAAGAACAAAAACCGAAAUAGGUACAGAGAUGUCAGUCCCUUUGACCAUAGUCGGAUUAAACUACAUCAAGAAGAUAACGACUAUAUCAACGCUAGUUUGAUAAAAAUGGAAGAAGCCCAAAGGAGUUACAUUCUUACCCAGGGUCCUUUGCCUAACACGUGUGGGCACUUUUGGGAGAUGGUGUGGGAGCAGAAGAGCAGGGGUGUCGUCAUGCUCAACAGAGUGAUGGAGAAAGGCUCGUUAAAAUGCGCACAGUACUGGCCACAAAAAGAAGAAAAAGAAAUGAUCUUUGAAGACACAAAUUUGAAAUUAACAUUGAUCUCUGAAGAUAUCAAGUCAUAUUAUACAGUUCGACAGCUAGAAUUGGAAAACCUUACAACUCAAGAAACUCGAGAAAUCUUACAUUUCCACUAUACCACAUGGCCUGACUUUGGAGUCCCUGAAUCGCCAGCCUCAUUCUUGAACUUUCUUUUCAAAGUCCGAGAGUCGGGGUCGCUCAGCCCGGAGCACGGCCCCGUGGUGGUGCACUGCAGUGCAGGCAUCGGCAGGUCUGGGACCUUCUGUCUGGCUGAUACCUGCCUCUUGCUGAUGGACAAAAGGAAAGACCCUUCUUCCGUUGAUAUCAAGAAAGUGCUGUUAGAAAUGAGGAAGUUUCGGAUGGGGCUGAUUCAGACAGCAGACCAGCUGCGCUUCUCCUAUCUGGCUGUGAUUGAAGGGGCCAAAUUCAUCAUGGGAGACUCUUCCGUGCAGGAUCAGUGGAAGGAGCUUUCCCAUGAGGACGUGGAGCCCCCACCCGAGCAUGUCCCCCCGCCUCCCCGGCCACCGAAACGAAUCCUGGAGCCACACAAUGGGAAAUGCAGGGAGUUCUUCCCAAACCACCAAUGGGUGAAGGAUGAGACCGGGGAGGAUAAAGUCUGCCCCAUCAAGGAAGAAACAGGAAGCUCCUUAAAUGCCACACCCUACAGCAUGGAAAGCAUGAGUCAAGACACUGAAGUUAGAAGUCGGGUCGUGGGGGGAAGUCUUCGAGGUGCACAGGCUGCCUUCCCAGCCAAAGGAGAGCCGUCACCGCCUGAGGAGGAGGAGGACCAUGCUCUGACUCACUGGAAGCCCUUCCUGGUCAACAUGUGCAUGGCUACAGUCCUCACGGCCGGCGCGUACCUGUGCUACAGGUUCCUGUUCAACAGCAACACAUAGCCUGACCCUCCUCCACUCCACCUCCACCCACUGUCCGCCUCUGCCCGCAGAGCCCACGCCCGACUAGCAGGCAUGCCGCGGUAGGUAAGGGCCGCCGGACCGCGUAGAGAGCCGGGCCCCUGACGGACGUUGGUUCUGCACUAAAACCCAUCUUCCCUGGAUGUGUGUCUCACCCCUCAUCCUUUUACUUUUUGCCCCUUCCCCUUUGAGUACCAAACCCACAGCCAUUUUUGAGGAGAGCGAAGGAGAGUACCAUGCUGGUGGCACAGAGGGAAGGGGCCUGCGCCAGACUCGGGGCUCCCGCCACCCCAGGGCUCCCAUCUGGAGCAGCCCAGUGGGUGGCACACCAACAGCCUCCUCGAAUCUACAGGGAGCAACUCUCCACUUCAUAUUUAUUUAAACAAACUUUCCCCUAAAGGCGUCCAUAGUGCACUAGCAUUUUCUUGAACCAAUAAUGUAUUAAAAUUUUUUGAUGUCAGCCUUGCAUCAAGGGCUUUAUCAAAAAGUACAAUAAUCAAUCCUCAGGUAGUACUGGGAAUGGAAGACUUUGCCAUGGGCCUGCUGCAUCAGACCAGUACUGGGAAGGAGGACGGUUGUAAGCAGUCGUUAUUUAGUGAUACUGUGGGUAACGUGAGAAGGUAGAACAAUGGUAUAAUAUAUAAUGAACACGUGGGUAUUUAAUAAGAAACAUGAUGUGAGGUGACUUAGUCCCGCUUAUUCUCCUCCCUGUUACCUGCUAGCUCUAGUUCUCAUCGCCACUCCCCCAAGUGUAUUAGAAUGCAUGUACGGUCGUCUUGGGUCCUGAUGAAAAAUAUGUGCUUGAAAUGAGAAACUUGGAUCUCCGCUUACUCACGUGCCCAUGUCCAAGCCUACCCUGCCUGUGCAUGACCUGAUCAUUACGUGGCUGUGGUUCCUAAGCCUGUUGCUGAAGUCAUUGUCACUCAGCAAUAGGGUACAGUUUUCCAGGAAUAGGCAUUUGCUGGAUUCCUGGCAUGACACUCUAGUGACUUCCUGGUGAGGCCCGGCCUGUCCUGGUACAGCAGGGUCUCGCUGUAACUCAGACAUUCCAAGGGUAUGGAAGCCAUAUUCACACCUCACGCUCUGGACAUGAUGGAGGCCAGCAGGGACCCCCCCGCCCACCUUUGGGAUCAGCCUCCACUAUUCCAAGUCAGCACUCUACUUAGACUGUGAUUUGGAAGAGAGGCAACUGCUGGAAACCACAUUUCUUAAACAGCCUGGGUGACGGUCCCUUAGGCAGCCUGCCACCGUCUCUGUCUUGGCUAACCUUGCCGAGAGAGGCGCGUCUGCUCCACCCUUGAACCCUGUGCGGGCCCGCUGGUGCUCACGACUCUUCCUGCAAAAGGAACUUAAGACCUCCACAUUAAGUGGCUUUUUAACAAGAAAAACACGGCAGCUGUAGCUCCGGAGCUACUCUCUUGCCAGCAUUUUCACAUUUUGCCUUUCUCGUGGUAGAAGCCAGUACAGAGAGAUUCUGUGACGGGAACAUCCGAGGCGUCACCCGCAGAGCUGUGGUGAGGUGUGGAUAAGGCUUAGGUGCCAGGCUGUAAGCAUUCUGAGCUGGGCUUGUUGUUUUUAAGUCCUGUAUAUGUAUGUAGUAGUUUGGGUGUGUAUAUAUAGUAGCAUUUCAAAAUGGACGUACUGGUUAACCGCCUACCCUGGAGAGCGGCUGGGGCUCUCCACCCUGUUCCACGUAUGUUGGAGAAGUAGCGAGCUGCUCUGCUAUAUGCCUUAAGCCAAUAUUUACUCAUCAGGUCAUUAUUUUUUACAAUGGCCGUGGAAUAAACCAUUUUUACAAAAAUAAAAACAAAAAAAAGCGAGGUG